AUCUACGGAGUAGAAUGUAAUGUAAUAAUAGGAAUCACUAUAACUGAUUUAGUUACAGUUGAGAGUUGAUUGCAAAUGUAGAUAAAAUAUAAAGAUCUCAAGAACUGAAGUUCUUCACAGAUCUGAGUGAGUGUUGGAGGUGGGGAGAGAGAGCCACUCUAGAGAGAGAGUAGAGAGAGAGAGAUGUCAGGAGCAGCUUCUCGGCGACGUUCAGGGACUUGGUUUAGGUGGUGUUUGGUGGUCUUCGCAAUUGCUUCAGCUCUAUGCGUCUCUGGACCUGCCCUUUACUCGAAAUUCAAAAAGAGCGUGAAUUUGAAAAACGUUGCUUCGUCUUCUGCUUCUUGCCCACCUUGCAUCUGUGACUGCCCUCCUCCCCUCUCUCUCCUCAAAAUCGCUCCUGGUUUGAUCAAUCUUUCUGUCCCAGAUUGCGGCAAAAAUGACGCGGAUCUUAAUAAAGAGAUGGAGAAGCAGUUUGUAGACCUUCUAACAGAGGAGUUGAGGCUGCAGGAAACAGUUGCAGCAGAGCACAUGCACCACAUGAAUAUCACCUUUGGUGAAGCACGAAGGCUUGCUUCGCAGUAUCAAAGGGAGGCAGAGAAGUGCAAUACCGCUACAGAAACCUGUGAGGCAGCUAGAGAGCAUUCCGAAGCAUUGCUGACCAAAGAGAAGAAGGUGACAGCAUUGUGGGAGCGACGAGCGCGUCAACUGGGCUGGGAAGGAAUAUAGGUUAUGACACUUGCAUAUGUAUUCACUUCAUAUAUUUUCUCUCCAAGUGGGCUCUUUUAUAGUUGAUGGAAAAAUGGAGUAGAUUUGUAUUCACUUCAUCUCAAAGAUGUACAAGUGUGCUAGCAAAGCUGCUCGAGAUGUAUCUUAUUUUGAUUUGUUCCCUAAACUGGGGCAUACUGCAUCUUGUUAUGAAUGACAAAGCUUGGUUGAAUUGUUUCGUUUA